UAACCCCUUCUAAAAUAUUAGUUCGGCCACAAGCUUAACUAGGUAAUAGAAAGAAGGGUUAAUAUAUUUGUAUGGUUCGAACUUUUUCCACAUCUAAUAUUUUGAUCAAUAUAUUUGAUAUUUAACAUCGUGGUCCGAACUAAUCCUACACUUUAUUAAUUUGACCAAACUUGAGAGUUGACCGCUAGUUUUGACAAUCAAGACUGUUGACUAACGGUCAACCCGCCACGUCACUAGCAAGUUAGCAUAAAUAAACAUAAAAUAUUCAUAAAUUCCACAUAAUCCCUAAAAAUUAUUAUAAUUAAAGGAAAAUUUGGAAAAAAAAUUGAGAACUUAAACAAUCGUCGCUCCGGGUCUUGAGUUGGCAACCACCGUUCUGUUUCUCAUAUUUUUUCCUUUUUAUAAAUUUUUAAUUUAAUUAUAUAAUAAUUUCAAGAGAUUAUGUGAAAUUUAGGAAUUUUUAAGUUUAUUUAUGCUGACUGGGCAGUGACGUGGUGGGUUGGCCGUUAGUCAACAGGCUUGACCAUCAAAACUAACGGUCAACUCUCGGAUUGAUCAAAUUAGUAAAGAAUAGAGUUAGUUCGGACCACAAUGUUAAAUACCAAAAAAAUUGAUUAUGAUUUUAAAUAUAGAAAAAGUUUGGAUCAAACAAAUAUAUUAACCUUAGAAAGAACUAAAGUUUUUGUUUGAAGUGAAAGUUAUGGAUAUAGAAGUGUAUUUUGCCAAUAAGAAUUCAAAAAGUGGUGUAAGCAAGAACUUGUCUAAUGUCGGUUUGACAUGAAGAAAAAAUUCAUAUAACUUUGUUAAUGGUAUACAAUGAUCGACGUAUUUUUAUACUCUCAAAGUAUUUACUAGAUAUUUUGAUGAAAUUAUAUUUAUAGUGCUUAUCAUUCUCAUAUUUGAUAUAUUGUUUUCUGUUUUGAUCAAUGUAAAUAUUCUUUAGUACAUUUUUGCUAUGAUUUUAUAUAGAUAUUGUAAGGAUUUGAUCAAUGUGCUUAAGAUAGACAUUUAGCGUAUUUUAUACUCUUUUGGUGUUAUUUUAUGCAUUUCAUAGAUACAAUACUCUCAAGAGGAAUAUUAACCAUCAAUUGAUCAAAAGGAGGACGAGAAUACUAUCUUCAGAGCUCAAACCAAGAUAGAUUUGGACAUCGAAUGCUUAUGUGAUGGCUUAGAAAACCAUAUUUAUGAAGGCUUACGAGUCAAACCAAGUCCAAAUGAAGUGAUAUUUGAGGAGCAACUCAAUGAGCCCAAGGAGUUUCCCACCAAAAGUUAGCCCAUAUGGAGUAGAGGCGAUGGUGACCACCAGAGGCCGUUUGUAACAUCCCGUUCCGGCAAAACCCAUAUUUCGAUCGCUAGAAAGUUCGCGAUUUAAAAUCGAGCAUUUCGACACUAUUUCAGCGAAAAUCGGAUUAUCGAUCGAUCGGAUAAGUAUACGUAUUAAUUAUAUAUAUAUAUAUAUAUAUAUUAAUUAAACGGCCGGCCAUAUAUAUAUAAACCCUUCCCCCCCCCCCCCCCCGUCUCUUUUAUUCUCAUCCCCAUCGUCAUUUUUUCCAUUUUGGACCGAGAGAGAAGCAGAGCGAGCAAAGUGCAGGGGAGCGACUGUGGAAAAAUUCCAAAGCUCCAAUCUUGAGCCCUAGUGAUCCAAAAAUCCCGUAAGUAAUGCCUAAUUCAUCCAUACAUCGUGAUUUAUCGAUUUAGAGCUUUAAAACGAGUUUUUGGUUCAGGAAUUUCUUGAAUUCCCGAUCAGCCAAAUUAGGGUUUCGGAGUAUCCGGAAGCCGGAUUGAGCCCAAAUUUCAUAUACGAGCUUCCUGCAGCGAGGUAAUCAAUCCUCUAGUUCUAAUCCCUGAAUUUCGGCUAUUAUUUAGGCCGGGGUCCAAACCGCUGAAUUUAGCUCCGGCCAGGGUUUGAUGUGUUUUUAUCGAGAAUUUGACCCGGAGCCUAGAACUAAUAUUGACGGGGAUACUGCAGGGGAUAUUAGGACGGUCUCGGAUUUUAAUUCGGGGUUCGUUCGUGAAAUUGACGUUUUAGUACGGGAGGCUAGAACCGGUGUUUGAACGACCAGAACUGGUGAGGGAUUAGCACGGCAUACCGGGUUUGUCGUAUCACGAUAAUUAUAUUGAUGCUUAGAAUUGACCUAGGUGAACUAGAAUGGCAUGAUUAGGGGUGUAUGGACUUUUGUGCUAUAUGAUGAAACCUGGACAACUGUAUGAUAUUAUUGACUUGCCCUAAUCGAUAUGAACCUUGUUUAUGUGGAUGAUUGCAUACAUGUUGCCAUUUGUGGCUUAACUAUUGAUAUGACUUCAUGGUUGUUCGAUAAGGGGUUUUGACAUGGUGUGAUAUUAUGGUUGUAUUUGGAUCCAUAAGUGGGGGAAUAAACUUCCCAGGGUGAUAUUAUGAUGUUUUAAGGAGGAUGACUUGCACGAGGGUUUAUCCCGAGGAAGUGCAAUUAUACGACUCCUGAUUUACCUAUGUUGAGCCAAUUAUGGUCAGGUCAAGUACAUGUGUAGGUAAUGAAUUAUGGUUAAGCAAGAUGAGAUAUGAAUCAUGUACAGGGAUACCAAAUAUGAAUGUUGUGGUCUCAUGGUCAAUUACGUAGUAAUUAGGGCUCCCUAUGCUAUUACUCUAUUAUGAUAUGUAUGAUAGUCACACCUCUCAUGUGGUGGUGACUGAAGAAUUCUUAUGAGAUAUGACCACACCCAGAGCGGUGUCGGGGUAUGACUACACCCAUAGUGGUGUGGGGUAUGUAUGACCACAUCCGACGGGAUGUUGGGGUAUGUAUGACUACAUCCGACGGGAUGUGGGGUAUGUUUCCCGGGAGAGUUAUUAGCAUGGGAGUAGCCAGGCGCCUAUGAUUAAAACAUGAUAAGAUGCAUAUGCAUAAGUCAAGGUGGUUGAGUCUUUUGCCUAUUGGGAUAUGAGGAUGGCUGAGGUCCGAUCCUAGUGUUUUGGUUUGAUUGUUAGAUGUAUGAUAGGGGUAUGCUCUGUUAUGAACUCACGAUGCUAUGAUUAUCUCACUCAGCUAUGAGCUGACCCUCUUUUAUUCUUCUUCUCUGCUUAUGCUAUGUGUAAGCAGAUCAUCAGCAGCAGCAGUAGAUAAGUGUUAGGUGGGAGAGGAGCUAGAGUUGAAGCCAGGAUGAGGUAUGGUCUUCAACUAUUCUGUGCUUGGACUACUACUUGGGAUUUUGGCCAGUGAUCCACACCCUUUUUGUAAAAAUGUUUUGAGAACAUUUUCAUGUGCAUACUAGCUUCGAAUGUAGUGUGAGAUAUCCACAGGUGUGGAAAGUUAAUGAUAUGUGUAUAUGUUGUGUAACUGUGUAAGUUGUGACGAUUAUGGUAUGUAUAAGUAUGGUAUGCAGUUAGGAAGUAUGAAAAGUGUGACUAUGGCUAAGAAAAGCCAAUGCAUAUGGUUGUGAGUAUAUAUGUUUGUGAUGAAUUAUUUUGCAGGUUAAGUUGCAAGAACUGUUAGCCCAUUACGCGAGUUAUUCAUGUCGAAAUUUUAUUUAGGUAAAUUUUGAUAAUUAAUGUAACACCCAAGUUUAAUUCCGCUGCAAUUGUAUGAACAAUAUGAUUAGGCAAAACGUAUAGGGUAGGGUGUUACACCGUUGCUCGGACCCAAGCCUGUGGAAUCUUCUAGAAUGUCCCUUACUUCGUCUCCAUGUCAAGAAAUUCGAGUCUCACUCGUCCAAUGAUACUUUUGGCCUAUGUUUAGAAGGAAAACAACUAGCAACCCUUGUUUCCAUGUAUUAUAAAGAGGGGCUUCUGCUCUAGCUUCUAAAAACAACUUUUACACACACUCGGCCCUAGCGGGCACAAAUUAUAUUCCACAGGAGGAUGAGAAAUUUUGUAGAGCUUUGUGGAGAUGCUUUCACCAUCGAUGGUGGUGUCAGCUACCUCUUUUAUAUCCAAGCUAAGUCGAUCAUUGUUUGUUGAUGUGAAUUAUAUGAUGUUUAUGUAUUACUAUCUAUGAUUUAAUGAGAUGCUUUAGUCAUUAUAUGCUUUUAUCAUUGGAUGCUUAUAUCAUUAUAUAUUUUAUGUAUGUGAUGCUUAUACCAUUCGAUGCGUUAUGUGCUUGAUGUCUUUAUUAUUUGAUGUUUACAUCAUCUAUCUUGUAUUACUAUUUACUAUAGUCAUUGCUUAUAAUAUCAUCAAAUGUUGCAUGGGAAAACCCACUUAUGUGGUAUGUAUCUAUCUUAGGCGUGUAUGAAGGGAAGUGCACGUCCUCUCAUGCGUGAAUAAUGUAGAUGCUAGAUACUUAUAUCAUCAAAGCUAUAUUAUAGACAAUUCUUAUGGUUUGUAGAUCCCUAAAUAGUUAAUGUACAACCCAUACUUCCUUGUUUGAUUGAUUAGUCUAGUGGCAUGAAGCGAAAGCAUGCAUUAGCUAAUCAUAUAUAAUUCCUAUUGCAUAUGGUGGAAACUCGAAUAGGAUGACCUUAGUGGAAGGGAUAUGGUUGCAUCCUAAAAGAUGCAUCGAUUCUUAUCAUUAAUGAGAUUGUAUGCAUGAUCAUCUAGAUGAAACUACCUGAAUAAUGUCUUUUAUCUUGCUUUCUUAUGCCUUUAUUAUUCGUUACUUGAAUUAGAUAGUAUAGUGUCGACCACUAGGAACCUCAACCCAUCGUUUCAGCAAUAAAAGAUAAAUCAAGCACUUUUUAAUGAGAGGAUACUUCGAGUCCAGCAAUAUAUUGCAAAAUGGGUGCACACACAUGGUUAGUGCAUAGCUAUAUACCCUUUAAUUAUUUCUUAGUUGCACAAGUUUGUUUUUCUAAUUCAGUGUUGAACUUAUUUGUAGCUAUUCCAUUCAAUGCCAUUGAGAAUGAUGAGUUCAAGCAAAUGGUUGAGGCUAUUGGUCAAUUUGGUCCUGGAUGGAAGCCUCCUACAGAGUACGAGCUUCGAGAGCCUUUGUUAAAAGUCGGGAAUGCAAGAACUAAGAGCUUGUUAAGUGAUCUCGAGGCGUAGAAGGAAAAGAACGGCUGCCCUAUCCUAAGCCCCAAUACAUGCCUAGUUUAUUAGGUGUUAAAACUUGUUGAAUCCCGAUCCGAGCAUUAAACCUCAAAUCCCUUGCCAAAUCGGUUUGAUGACUUAAUCCGGUUUGACAACCUUCUUGUAGUGAUAUUAAACGAUGUAUUUAGUCAAUGCAUGUAAUGUCAAGAUUAAGUCAUUUUUUUGGUUAAAUUUGUGACAUAAUACAUGUAUUACCUUUUUCUGGGCCCACCUACAAUCACUCAAAACAAGUGAUUAUCAAUCUCUACCAAAAGGUGAUAUUGUGACCAGGGGAUUGUCUACCCUAUGUUUUUUCAUUUAUAACAAAGCACAAUGUAAACCUUCAAAAAAUUUAUUUUUCCAAAUUAAUACAUUUCAUCUAUACAUCAAAUUACAAUACGCAAAUUAAUUAAAUACUUCAAUUCAGAAAAUCUCAACCUCCCUACACAUUCAUAAAUUUAAUCAAUACAUCAAAUUACAUAUAUUAAAAGAAGUGGUAUCAGAUUCUCUUACUUGAAAAAGGAAAACCACAAAUAUUUUCCCAAAAAAAAGAGGAAUAAAAAGUCCAUUCAAACAUUAAGGGAAGGAAAAGUCCAAAGAUUCCGGAGGCGAAGGAGUUUAGAUGCCGGCGAGCGGAGGAAUUAGCCAGCGUCAGAGAGAAGUGCCACGGCGGCGCUGCCCAUCGAGUCAGGUCAGGUAGGUUACUUGUUUGUUUCUGAGCCGCUAGUUUGGAGCUGAACACGUGGAGGUUCCGCCAGCAAUCAAAAUGAAAAAGCAGAGAAAAAAACCAAAAAAAGGUCGCAAUAGAAAGCUUUUAUGCUUCCCAUAUGAUAAUCGACUCUGCUCCUUCUCCUCCUUUCUUCCAUAAACCCUCCUAAACCCCCGUCUUCGUGAAACCCUUGAUCUGAAAGGCAUCAUCAUCCCUAAGCAAAACUCGAAAUCCCCAUCUUCUCUCCUUCCAGCCAUUCCACCACAAGUCGUGUGCUUUCUGAUCCAGCGGGGGCGCAAACGAAAUGUGGAAUUAGUUAAUCGAUUCCCAUAAAUGUGGAAGGCACAGCCAUCUGGCGCAACCAACACCGCUGCCGCCGCCGCCGUGAGAAUAUCAGAGAAGGAGGAGAAGGCGGAAAAUGAGGGGUCGGAGAGGGGAAGGGCUCGCCGUCGUUUCACUGGGGACAAGGACUUGUCGCCUGGCCCUGCCUACUAUACCAUCUGCGCUCUUGGUGGCAUGCUCAGUGCCGGCACCACCCACCUCGCUAUCACUCCUCUCGAUGUCCUCAAAGUCAAUAUGCAGGUGAAUCCAAUAAAGUACAGCAGCAUAGUGUCAGGAUUCUCAACCCUUUGGAAAGAACAAGGCCCUUCCUCGCUUUGGAGGGGUUGGUCUGGCAAGUUGUUCGGAUAUGGUGUUCAGGGUGGCUGCAAAUUUGGCCUUUAUGAAUACUUCAAGACGUUUUACUCGGGCUUCCUGCCACUUCAAGACCGUACCUCCCUAUUCUUUCUCAGCAGUGCUUCAGCUCAAGUAUUUGCUGAUGUUGCUCUCUGCCCAUUUGAAGCUGUUAAAGUUCGUGUUCAAACACAGCCUCACUUCGCCAGGGGCUUGGUUGAUGGGUUCCCUAAAAUCUACAGGACUGAAGGCUUGGCUGGCUUUUACAGGGGGCUUUUUCCACUGUGGGCUCGCAAUCUUCCAUUCUCGAUGGUAAUGUUUUCGACGUUUGAGCAUUCAGUGGAGCUAAUAUACCACCACUUGAUCCAAAGGACGAAGGAGGAUUGCUCGAGAAUGCAACAGCUCGGUGUGACAUGCUUGGCUGGAUACACAGCUGGAGCAGUUGGUACUGUGAUCUCUACACCCGCAGAUAACAUUGUUAGCUCUCUUUACAAUAGGAAGGCAGACAGUGUGCGUCAGGCAGUGAGGAGCAUUGGGGUGGCUAAUCUCUUCACUCGAAGCCUUUCUAUUCGGAUCGCCCUUGUGGGACCUGUCGUUACUUUGCAGUGGUUCUUUUAUGACACCAUCAAAGUACUAAAUGGACUGCCUACGAGCGGAGGGUUGAGCAGGGAACAUGAAGAUGGCGGCAUAUCUGCGUAACUUGAUAUAUGUAAGUAGAUACAUAUGCAUAGGUGACGGCAUUCUUGUUGGAUUUAUGAUAUAAGUAGAUACUUAGUACUAUUGAUGUGAUUUUUGAGACAGAAUUGUAUUGAGUGUGCGCUUAAUGCAAGCUCUGAAUCUUUAAGUUGGAGUUUGUGGAUUGGAUGGUGAACUUUGGAAGGAUGUUUUAGCAGGAAGAGAGAAGCCACACGUAUAUAUGGCACAGUAUUGUUGAGUUUUUCCUCCAAUAGCCAGAGAAUCGUUUGAGGUUUUCCUCGGCUGUAGCGUCCUCGGUUGGUUUCUGACUUUCUGUUAACCCACAGGCACAUAUCAGUCUUGCAAUUUCUUCUGUUCUAUAUACAUAGGCUUGUUUAAUUGAAUGGUCCAAUCCAAUUUGAGUGAAGUAAGAUGACAAAGGUGAUAAUUAUGCGAUAUCUGAUAACUAUUUGUUUGUCACCUUUGGAACCCAUUUGAACCUGCUAUUCAAUCGUUCGUUUCCAUUUGCUAGAUGCAGAUUCUUGCAUUCCACAAAUUUGUGGAAAUUUCUCUUUUCCUUUUUCAUAUUGUAUAAAUUUCUCUAUUUAAUGCAUUUUCUUGCAUGGCUUUAACUAAUUCCAAGUUGGUUGGAUUGAGAAGGUUACGAGAGGAUUAUGAGUGGGCUUUUACAUAUCAUUUUACAAUUGUUGCGCUAAAGAAGUUAUUUAUUCACAUCAACAUUGCUAUUGUUGUCUCGUUCAACCAAGUGGAUUAAGGUUUGGGGGUCGAAUUAGUUUGGCUCGAUUGAACUCGGAGUUGUGAAAAAAGUUAAUGUUGAUUGAUUGUUUAUUUACCAUCUUCAAAUCAAAGUAACAAAGACUUCUUUUAUGAAGGGUAUUGUUAAGACAAAAAAGGAUAUUCUCUCACUAAUUUUUUUUAUCUGAGCGUUGAAGCUUAGGUUUUGAUUGCCAUCGUUGCCGAUGGUGCCUCGACGGGCGUCGUUGGUGACGGUCGCUCGUGGGCAUCUAUAUUCGGGGUACCAGAAGGACGACUUUAGUCUUUAGUAGUACAAGUCGAAAAUAGUGACCGAAUCACUGUGAAUUCCAAAGAAAGUAGUCGACGAGGGAGCUCAAUAAUGCACAAAAAGUCUGUUGUAACAGUUCUUAGGUAAAACAUCGGCGUUGGGAUUGCUCCGUUUGAGGGCGAACUGGAUUUGGGGUUGUAAGGGUGAGAUUCGAGUUUUGGUGUUUGGAGAUCAUCUUGUGCUUUUUCAAUUUCCAUUGCGCGGAUGUCUGCAAUUGGGUGUUUGAAGGUGGGUCAUGACACUGUUAGGAGAUUAUGCCAUGUUUGCGACGGUGGGAGCUAGGUAUUCAACCUCUGAAAAUCGAUAAUCCAGCGGUUCCAGUCUGGGUCAGGCUUUCGGACAUAUUACGAAGAAAAUUUGGGUGGUUAAAAGGAAGAGAACAGUUGGGCUGGUAUCUUCUGAAUGAAAUGAGAAGGGCAAGAGGGUUGUGAUGGAUGAAGGACAAGAUUGUAGUGGCACAAUGGCAGUUAUGGGAGUUCUCGUAAAGAGUUCUAAGGCUAGAGAGAUUGAACUCCACCUAUAGUGAUGACCUAGUGCACUUCCGUCGACAAAGGAUUUUAAUAUAGUGGUGAAUGGAGCAAAACCUAGCGUUGUGCAGAUCGAUCCCCCUAUGGUAGCAAACUCUUUUGCUGCUAUUUGUGCCAAGCUAUCAGUGAUCCUUAUCCUAGUAACAACAAAAGCUGGUCAUGAAAGAUUGGAGGGUAGUAAGGCCUACAGCUCGACCAAGUAAAUGAGUAUUUGUUGUAGUAGAGACUCGGGUCCAAUAGAUAAUUGUGAGGAAA